UACACUGUAUUUUUUUCAUAAAAUAAAGUAUUACUAAAUGUUAAAAAAAAAAAAAACUUUAAACCCUACUUUUCUUUCUGGUGCUCUAUUAUAUUUGUGGUCUUUCUAAUACACCACCACCACCAGUUACUAAUUGACGAUAAAAAAUAUUUCCGCGUUAUAUUCACCCUAUAUACCAUCUUUUACAUUCUUUCUCUCCUCUCGACUUAUCUUCUUCGCGGAAAUCAUAGAGUACAACCGUUUCGACUAAUCCAACCAAAUUCCUCACGAUAUAUACAUAAUGGGCGGGUCAGUUUCAAAAGCCUUGGGCAGGAUCUUUGGUAAUAAAGAAAUGCGCAUUUUGAUGCUUGGUUUAGAUGCUGCCGGCAAAACAACAAUUCUUUAUAAAUUAAAACUUAAUCAAUCCGUGACGACAAUCCCUACCGUAGGUUUCAACGUAGAAACUGUGACAUACAAGAAUGUCAAAUUCAACGUUUGGGACGUUGGUGGGCAAGACAAGAUUCGUCCAUUGUGGCGCCACUAUUACACUGGCACUCAAGGACUCGUAUUUGUGGUGGACUCUCAGGAUCGCGAUCGAAUUGAUGAAGCACGUCAAGAAUUACAUAAAAUUAUUUCGGAUCGUGAAAUGCGUGACUGUUUAUUAUUAGUAUUUGCUAAUAAACAGGAUUUACAAGGAGCGAUGUCUCCCGCUGAGGUAACGGAGAAACUUGGUUUACAUCGUAUGAAAGAACGAUCUUGGUAUGUUCAUCCUUCUUGUGCUACCACUGGAGAGGGUUUAUUUGAAGGAUUGAAUUGGUUAAGUCAAAAUGUCAAAACGAAAUAAAAGAUUCUUUCAAUUGUAAGGUUGUAAGGUUUAUUCUUUUUGUUCGAAUAUAUAGAUUAAAGAUAUUGGCUGGACCUCACAUACGAGUUUGAAUAUUUAUUAUUUUUAUUAUUAUUUUCCUUCAAUAAAUAAUAAAAUAAAUUGUAACAGUAUAAACGAUUGAUGUUAUUUCGC